AUGGAGCUACUAUCUCUAGCCAGAUUAUGGACUAGUUUCUUCUACAUAUCGACACUGCUUUUAUUGCUCACUAGAGCAGUUUACUCUCACUCUGAGUAUUUGAUUGGAAUGGGAAGCUAUGACAUCAUUGGCCCCGCCGCUGAUGUCAACAUGAUGGGAUACGCUAACAUGGAGCAAGUCGCUUCCGGUAUUCACUUCAGGCUCCGCGCUCGGACUUUCAUUGUCUCUGAGCCUGAAGGGAAGCGGGUUGUGUUUGUUAACAUUGACGCUUGUAUGGCUUCACAGAUUGUUACAUUAAAAGUGAUCGAAAGGCUCAAGUCAAGAUAUGGGGAUCUGUAUACUGAAAAGAAUGUUGGCAUCAGUGGUAUUCACACCCAUGCCGGUCCUGGCGGUUAUCUUCAGUAUGUUGUGUAUAUAGUUACAUCACUUGGCUUUGUUUGUUAGUCAUUUGAUGCCCUUGUCGAUGGAAUUGAGAACAAUAUCAUGCAAGCUCAUGAAAACCUUCGUCCUGGUUCAGUUUUUAACAAUAAAGGUGAACUCUUGGAUGCUGGUGUAAACCGCAGCCCAAGUGCAUAUCUUUACAAUCCUUCAGAAGAAAGGAGCAAACACAAGUACAAUGUUGAUAAAGAAAUGACUCUUUUGAAGUUUGUGGAUGGUCAGUGGGGUCCAGUAGGUAGUUUCAAUUUGUUUGCUACUCAUGGAACUUCCAUGAGCCGAAAAAACUCUUUGAUCAGUGGAGACAACAAGGGCGCUGCAGCAAUUUGGUUUGAACAGGAUACUGCUGAAAGAUAGUUUAUUUCAGAUGCGAUACCUAGAAGGGUUUCAAGCGUGAUCGAGAAUCUUCAGGACAGCCGUGAGGAGUUACUAGAGCUUGCAUCUUACUUUGAGGCACAACCUGGUAGGCCUGUAACUAGAAUCUCAAGUUCUGCAAGGCGGGUGAGGAGUGCUCUGAGGAAGGCGGACAUGCCUGGCUUUGUUUCUGCUUUCUGUCAAACUAACUGUGGUGAUGUUAGCCCAAAUGUGCUUGGAGCCCUUUGCUUAGACACUGGUCUUCCUUGUGACUUCAAUCACAGUACAUGUGGUGGUGGGAGAAACGAGCUGUGCUAUGGGCGUGGACCAGGAUAUCCUGAUGAAUUUGAGAGUACACGUAUAAUUGGCAAGAGACAAUUCAAGAUGGCUUUGGAUCUUUUCAACAAAGCAUCUGAACAGCUACGAGGGAAGGUUGAUAACCGCCAGGUUUACGUUGAUUCACAGCUUAAUGUGACACUUCGUAAGAAAGAUGGAAACUCAUAAGUUGUGAAAACAUGUCAUGCGGCAAUGGGCUUUGCCUUUGCCGCUGGAACCACAGAUGAACCUGGAGCAUUUGAUUUUACACAAGGAGAUGAUAAGUCCACCAUUUGCAUAAAUCAUGGGAAUCCUUUCUGGAGGAUGGUGAGAAACGUUCUUAAACCACCUCACAGGAAACAAAUGGAAUGUCACUACCCAAAACCCAUCUUGCUUGACACUGGGGAAAUGACAAAGCCAUAUGAAUGGGCUCCCUCAAUUCUUUCAUUGCAAAUACUAUGUAUUGGACAACUUUUCAUUCUCAGCGUCCCUGGAGAAUUCACAACUAUGGCUGGAAGGCGACUCCGCGAUGCAGUCAAGAGACAUCUUAAAAGCAGUGGUAAUAAAGAAAUGAGCGGUGAGAUUCACAUUGUGAUAGCUGGAUUGGCUAAUGGUUACUCACAAUAUGUGACAACCUUUGAGGAAUACCAAGCGCAAAUAUACGAGGGCGCAUCUACAUUAUUUGGCCCGCACAUUCAAGAGUUCAAGAAGCUCUCCAAAUCUCUCGUCCUUGAUAAGUCAUACAAGAAUCCUGGAUCGCGAACAGUGAUUCAACCGGGGCCUCAACCGCCGGAUCUCCUAGACAAGCAAGUGAGCUUCCUCACACCAGUCGUGGUGGACACAACUCAUGUCGGAGACAGUUUUGGAGAUGUGAUCUCGGAUGUUCCCAAAAACUUGUCCUUGAUGAGAAAUGACCUGGUGACUAUUGUAUUCCCGUCAGCUUGCCCUAGAAACGAUCUACUGACAGAAGGGACGUUUGCACUGGUGGAGGGACUAGAACGGGAUGACAAGACUUGGACCCCAGUUUAUGAAGACGAUGACUUAUGUUUGAGGUUCAAGUGGUCGAGGCCUAAGAAGUUGAGCUCUCGGAGUGAAGCCACAGUGGAAUGGAGAGGUCCUGAGUCUGCAUCACGAGGGGUGUACAGGAUCACCCAUUUUGGUGCUGCAAAGAGUCUAUUUGGGUCAGUCCAGCAUUUCACAGGUUCUUCUAGUGUUUUCGCUGUAACAUAA